UGCCGCUGCCGCCGCCGCCGCGCCACAGUCCUCUGGGUGCCCUAGACCCUGGCCCCUUAGCGCGCGAGUGCUCCUGCCGCCGCCCAGUCCACAGCCGGGCCUGGUACACAAGAAUAGCCACCAGACAGCUGCCCCAGCACGCGUGGAGAGACCCCGGUAGCCAGCGUACCCCGACCGCGGGGCGGAGACCCGGGAGACCGAAGCAAGGCUGUGCAGACCGCACCCGGGUAGGGACCCAAAACCGAGAGGAACAGAUCCUGGCGGUUGCUGUGGAGUCGGGUGUCAACAUGACUGAACGCUUCGACUGCCACCACUGCAAUGAGUCUCUGUAUGGCAAGAAGUACAUCUUGAAGGAGGAGAACCCACACUGCGUGGCCUGCUUCGAAGAGCUCUAUGCCAACACAUGUGAAGAGUGUGGCACAGCCAUUGGCUGCGACUGCAAGGAUUUGUCCUACAAGGACCGGCACUGGCACGAAGGCUGUUUCCACUGCUCCAGGUGUGGGAGCUCGCUGGUGGACAAGCCCUUCGCCGCCAAGGAGGAACAGCUGCUAUGCACCGACUGCUAUUCCAACGAGUACUCGUCCAAGUGCCAGGAAUGCAAGAAGGCCAUCAUGCCAGGUACCCGGAAGAUGGAAUACAAGGGCAGCAGCUGGCAUGAGACCUGCUUCAUCUGCCAGCGCUGCCAGCAGCCCAUUGGAACCAAGAGCUUCAUACCGAAGGAGAACCAGAACUUCUGUGUGCCCUGCUAUGAGAAACAGUACGCCUUGCACUGUGUGCAGUGCAAAAAGCCCAUCACCACAGGGGGCGUCACUUACCGGGAGCAGCCCUGGCACAAGGAGUGCUUUGUGUGUACCGCCUGCAAGAAGCAGCUGUCUGGGCAACGCUUCACAGCGCGGGAUGAGUUUCCCUACUGCCUGACCUGCUUCUGCGACUUGUACGCCAAGAAGUGUGCUGGGUGCACCAACCCCAUCAGUGGUCUCGGCGGCACAAAGUACAUCUCCUUCGAGGAGCGUCAGUGGCACAAAGACUGCUUUAACUGCAAGAGGUGCUCCCUGUCCCUGGUGGGGCGAGGCUUCCUCACAGAACGAGACGACAUCCUCUGCCCCGACUGUGGAAAGGACAUCUGAAGGCAGGGUGGAAGCCACAGCUUUGUGGCUGGGAGAGUUCGCAUGCUCCCUUUCUCCACCAGGCAGUAGUGCUGUGUUCUGGUUCCCACCAGCCGCCUCCAGGCUUCCUCUUGCUGUCCAGGCUUCACGCUAAUUGGAAUUCCUAUAGUUCCGGGCACCACUGCGGUCCCAGUGGGGACUGUAAACCCCGGAUGGGAAGGUGACUUGGAAUUUUGUAGAAACGCAAGGCAGAUCGGACGAAAGCGUCCUCCUCCUGUGUCUCUGUAAUGCUUCCUCCUUUCACUGCCUAUUUAAUUUUUAAGUGCAAUUAACAUUUGUUAUGAAUGUGUUUUCAAGGGAGAGCUGGGAUUUGCAGCUUUGUAACUCCCUUUUUUUGUGUGUGUGUAAAACUCAGAGUAACAUUUAUGUGACUUAGAAUAAAGUUAUUCAGAAUAAAACCUUUGGCCAAGCA